AUGGAUCCUCUGGAUUUUCUAACAGAUGAAGAGCUGAGUGACUUGUUUCACUGUAAGAAGACAGAGAUUUCUUGUAUGGAGGAACCACAAGCCUUCCUCAACCAGCUCCGGGACUACAAUCUGCUACCAGAAGAUCUCUACCAGAAAGUGAUGAAGAUGAAAAGUAAGGAGAGGAGACAGAAGGGUGUGUAUCAGAUUCUGGACCAGCUGGAGAAGAAGGGAGGGCAUCGUUAUAGGUUAUUUUGGAGAUGUGUGUUUAAGGAUCACAUCUUGCAGAAAUAUACAGUGUUGCGCCUGCUCCAGAGCAGUCUUAUAGAAUCAGUCCAGAAAGAAGAAAAGACAGGAGAGGAAAUGAAAAGAGGACUAAAAAGAAAGAAAAGCUUUGAGAAGACAGAUGAGGAAAAACCAGGUCCUUCAACUCGCUCUACAUCUCAACAGAAGAAACCAGGCAAGAAUUCAUCAAUAUUUAGGGAAGGAGAGAAGCAGGAUGGUUGGAGUUCAAUACGCUUAAAAAAACAGCUUCCUGUUACAUGUGGCAACAAGAAGGGCAGGCUGUACAAAGAGAAACUGGCGAGAGGUGACAAGUGUAUUCUGUCUGAGGGAUGCUGGUUUACCCCGGGUGAUUUUGAGAAGCAUGCAGGAAAGGGGAGCAGCAGGAACUGGAAAUACAGCAUCUGCUACAAUAUUCCCCUGCUGAACCUUAUAAAGGAAGGGUACCUGGAAGCUCUACCUAAGACUGGUGUUCAGAAGGAUCAGAAAGUGCAGUUUACCGACAUCACUACAGAAAACUACAGCCCUUCAGGAAGCUCCAGACCUCUGUUAAUAUCCGAUGUUGAGCCGGUAGAAUUAAGUGACGAUGACCAGGACGAGGAGGGUAAGGAGAAAAUCAGGCUACAAGAAGAAGAGGAAGAAGAAGAAGAGAGUGAACCAGCAGAUUUGUCUAUGUUUGAGGCUCCUUCCUUACCUGUCAGUUGUGGUUCUAUUAGUGGGGUCUUGUAUAAAAGCAGAUUUACAGGGAAAAAUAGUAAAAGCAUCCGUACAGAGGAGCGCUGGUUCACCCCUGAGGAGUUUGUAAACCAGGAAUCCACUUUGUCAGAUGUCCACUGUAGGAUAGAUAUACUGUGUCAUGGCAAAACUUUACACUUCCUGGUGAAGAAGAAGAUCCUGGUUGUUCAUUCACUGUUGUGUCCUUGUGAUCGCUGCCAUGAUGAGGAGCCUGAUAAUGAUGACAUCUGCUUCAUUUGUAAUUCUGAAGGAGAUCUGGUGUGCUGUGAUGAGUGUCCUCGUGCUUUUCAUGAUAACUGCCAUUUACCAAACCUGCAAAAAGAAACACUUGGGGAUAAAUGGAUAUGCACCUACUGUGUGUUGAAGGCUUACCAGGGACUGUGGCUUCCCAUGACCCAAAUGGAAGCUUUAAACAGACCUCUAUCUGGAAACAUCAUGCGCUGUGAGUAUUUGCUGUUGUGUUUGUAUAAAGAGGAUCAUCAGCGAGUGUUUACUGAAGACCCCACUGCAAAAGUGGAGGAGUACAGCAGAGUGAUCUCGAGACCCAUGUGGCUGGACCGAGUGAAGACCAAGCUGCAGAAUAAAGAAUAUAAAACAGUUGGAGAGUUUGUGAAUGAUGUCAAACUCAUCUUUCAAAACUGCAGCAAAUUUAAUAUGCAUAAUGAGUUUGGCAGGAUGGGAUCCAGAAUGAGUGAGAUCUUUGAGCAGCAUUUUCAUAAAGUUUUUAACAUCACUUUGUCUUCACUUCUUUAG